AAUGGGUUUGUGCUGAAAAGCGCGCUUUAGUACGAUAGAAAGAUCACGCGAGAGCCGAAGAAACACCCGACACAGAGCUGAGACACACAAUCACGACUCUGAUAAACACCUGCGGUGUUAGGAAACUGAGAGAUUCCAGUCACGAGAAACAUCGCGAGAGAGACACAAACUCCGUCUGAGGAGCAGGAACACGGUCAGCAUGACGGAGCACGGGGCCGCGGGGCACACAGAGACGCUCUCGGCCGAGGACUAUGCCGCCGAGGCCAUGGCCGCAGACAUGGACCCCUGGAUCGUCUUCGACGCCCGCCGGACGCCCCGGGCCGAGUUCAGCGGCUGGCUGGAGUCCAACAGGCCCUCGCAGGUGAGCCGGUACGGGGCGGCGCCGGUGGGCUGGAUCGCCAUCCGCGGGCCGCACUGCUGCGUGGACACGGGGGACGUGGAGGGGCUGCAGGACAGCUGGGAGACGCUGCUGGACAGCGGGCGCAGCGUCAGCUUCCAAACCAUCCGAGAGCUGGCGCUCAACCACAGCGUGCUCUGCGGGAAGUGGCUGAUGCACCUGGACACGGGCUUCAAGGUGGACCACGCCUGGGAGAGCCUCGCCAGAGCCGCGCUGGACGGCCGGAUCGACUCGGCCAAGGUGAGUCCCAGAGACCCGCGCGGCGACUCCAGACACGUCAUCUGCGUCUACAACCAGAACUUCACGGACGAGGAGCAGGUGGUGCGGCUGGACGAGGUCAUCCGCACCGCCGGCGUCAAGUGUGUCCUCCAGUACAAGCCCGACGUGUACUCGUACCUGGGCAUCUACCGCAACAACCGCUGGAAGAUCUGCCCCACCAUCUACGAGAGCGUGUUCGACCUGGAGAGCGUCCCGCGCCGCUCUCACAUCACCAACCGGGUCACCAACCAGGAGCUGACGUGAAGCCCCUCUACAGAGGGUCAGGUCCGCCGGUACACACAGAACGUUCAAGGGCUUUUCAGUUGUUCUUUCUAAUCAUCUUUUAUAUUCAGAUUGGCUGGUUUUGUUCAUCUGUUCAUUUUGCCAAAUAAACCCGGGACAAGCGGUGACUCUC